AUGAAUUUUGUUUUAUUGGCUGAUGAGUUAUAUAAAAAAGGGAUUGAUGGAAGUUUGAUGAGAUGUUUGAGUCGAGAAGAUCAGAGUAUUGCUUUGGGUGAAGUUCAUAAUGGAAUUUGUGGUGCUCAUCAGGCAGGGAAGCAAAUGAAAUGGGUGUUAUGUCGUAUUCAUGUAUACUGGCCAUCUAUGAUAAAAGAUUGUAUUGAUUAUGUAAAGGGAUGUCAAGAAUGUCAGAAACAUGGCUCGAUACAACAAAUUCCAGCAGCUGAAUUACAUUCGAUAAUAAAGCCAUGGCCAUUUAGAGGUUGGGCUUUGGAUCUAAUUGGGUUGAUUCACCCUCCUUCAUCGAAACAACACAAUUUUAUUUUGGUGGCUAUUGAUUAUUUCACAAAAUGGGUUGAGGCUAUUCCGUUAAUAGAAGCUACUGGGCAAGUAGAGACCGCGAAUAAGAUAUUGAUAGGCUUAAUUAAAAAGCAUAUCGGGAAUAGGCCUCAAACAUGGCAUGAAACUUUAAGUCAAGUAUUAUGGGCUUAUCGAAAUUCACCAAGGGGUUCGACAGGAACUUCACCUUAUAAAUUGGUGUAUGGCCAUGAUGCAGUGCUACCAUUAGAAAUUAAUUUGAAUACUUUAAGGGUAUCAAAACAGAAUAACUUGCCAGUCGAUGAUUAUUGGAAUGCAGUGUUUGAUGAAUUAAAUGAUUUAGAUUCGGAGUGA